AUGUCUUCUGUAUCACUUGAAUUUCUUUUUCUUUCUUUCUUUCUUUCUUUCUUUCUUUCUUUCUUUCUUUCUUUUCAUUAUAACAAUCAUUCUGUCCAAAAAUCUUUGGUAAUUCAUGCUAACCUUCAUAUGUUAUGUCUUCUUCUUUCUUUCUUUCUUUCUUUCUUUCUUUCUUUCUUUCUUUCUUGGUUUCUUUCUUUUUUCUUUCUUUCUUUUUCUUUUAUCAAUCAUUCUGUCCAAAAGUCUUUGGUAAUUCAUGCUAAUGUUCAUAUGUUAAUGUCUUCUGUUCACUUGAAUUUCUUUCUUUCUUUCUUUCUUUUCUUUCUUUCUUUCUUUCUUUUUCAUUAUAACAAUCAUUCUGUCCAAAAGUCUUUGGUAAUUCAUGCUAAUGUUCAUAUGUUAUUGUCUUCUGUAUCAUUUCUUUUUCUUUCUUUCUUUCUUUCAUUAUAUUAA